GAGACGUGGCAGAGCCUGGGGGGAGGCCGCUGACUCCAGGAACAGGAUUUCGGCCGCUCCCGCCUUGGGGACACCCAGGUGGACAAACCGGGAAGGACAGUAGGAAGGAGCUGCCUUUCCAGAGGUUGCCCCGGCAGUGUUGAGCCUGCUGAUUCCUGGGACCUGCUCUGCGGGAUCGCCAGUACCCUAGAUGGGCAGUAUUUAUAGCCAAGGGCAUUUUUUGGUCUGUAAUUAUUUUGAAAGGCAAAAUGUACUUUUCGUGGGAUCCUGACACUUAGACAGUCCAUUGUUUAUUUUUUGCUGUUUAAUUCAGUGAACAUUAUUGAAUGUUUCUUUGGGAACAGCGUUGUGAAUGCAGAGAAAAAACUCAGACCCGGCUCUGGCACUCAUUGGCUGGGAGGAGAGGCUGUCUUUUGCACUGGCAGUACAUCCUCGUCACAGUUGCUUUUAAAGUGUUUACGUUUAUCGAAGUUUCAUUGUUUCUUUUCUUUCUGUGUAAGCAGUCAUCCACUUUGUAAUUGAGAAGACAAGAUCCAAGGAGUUUGGCAGAGGAGGGUCUGGUGAGAAACUGAGGACUCAAUUUUUUAAGCGCUUUCUGUCAUUUUUUUGUUUUGUGUAAUACAACACGUGGAGGCUGAAUGCUGAAAUCUUUGCAGAUUCUAGUGCUUCAUCAUUACUUUAUCAGAGUAUCUUUUCCUUAGUCCACAGAAUUAUGUUUAUGCAUAAAAAAUGUACCCAAUCGUCUGCCCUGGAUAUUGCUGUUCUACGUCUAGGGGUCAAGUCAACCAACCAAGGGGAAUACGUAGGAGUCAUCGACCUGCUGUGCGAGUCAUCGACCUGCUGGGGUUGUUGGUUUCUUGUCAUUGGUCCCUAAACAAUACUGAGUAGCUAUUAUUUACAUAACAUUUACAUUGCAUUAAGUGUUAUAAGUUAUCUAGAGAUGGCUUAUCAUACGUGGGAGGAUGUGUCCAUGCAAAUACUAUGCUAUUUUACAUAAGCGACUUGAGCAUUAGUUGGUUUUGAACUCCACUGGGGUCCUGGAUCUAAUUCCCUGAGGAUACAGAGGCACAACUAUUUUGUCAUUAACCAGGUUGUCAAAUAACAAAACUUUUUAAUGACUGAAAGAAAAUGACCAGUCACUCCCAUGUUUUGGAGUGUUCAUUGUAUGCGUUCUUUGCCAACGUAUUUGUUAAUUAAGGAUCAGAUUAUCUUUAAAUUUGACUUCCACUGUAGCCACUCUUAGGGUUUGGUAGUCUGUUGAUGGGAGAUAAAUGAGCAUUAGAAAAAUGGGAAAAUGAAGGAAUGUGGUUGCUCUGGUGAUAAAUCUCUAGACGGCCCUUUCUAUCCCAGGUUAUAUACUUUGUUGUGUAGGUAGUAAGUGAAAGGAUUUUUUGCCUCUCUGCAUCCCUGUCCUCUACUUGCUGCCCUAAAACUUUUCUCUGUAAUUACCAUCAAACUUUUUGAAAGUGUGCAUAUUUGCCUCACAUCUCACUCCUCAGUACAGUGCAAAAUGGCUUCUGCACCUAGUCUUUCCAUGGGAGCAGCUCUCACUCAAAAUAUUCAUCUCCAGUUUGGCAAAUCAUGGAAUUUUUCAUUUAUUGAUUUCUGCAGCUUUUGAUACCAUUCCCUAUUUCUGCCUUGAAACCUGCUAGCUUUCCUCCUUUCUGGUCAUCUCUCAUUCUCCUCUAGAAGUUUGUUUUCAUGACUGGCGAUUCUUCAAGUAUUGAUUGGAUCCUUUCUCUCAGUGUUCAUUCUCUUAGGUUAUCCCAUCUCAGAGCAUGACUUCAACAAACUAUCAACCACAUUUAAGUGGUUUCCAAGCUGCAAACCAAGUUAGUGUUUCUGCUUGGAUGUUUCAGGCUGUUUAAAUUCAGCAUGUUCAGUAUGAAAACAGUAUAAUUCCCACCCCACCUCUGCCCCAAGCAUCAAACAAACAUCUUCACUUCUUCCAGUGUUCCUGUCUUAGAGCUCCCUAUCCAGUUGUGCAAAUCAUGCCUCAUCCUCCUGCCCUCCUUGCUCCCAUAUCCAGUCUCUCACUGAGUUUCACCACCUAAACAUUUAUUGAGUGUAUCCACUCUUCUCCAUCUCCAUUAUCGUCAUCUUAGUCUAUUCCACAGUUUCUCUACCUUGGCUGUAUUGGUAUUUAGGGGAUGGGUAAUUAUAUCUUCCAGUGACUGUCCUGUGAAUUGAAGGAUUUUUAACAGUAUCUAGCCUUUACCUUGUAGAUGCCACUAGUACCCCGCUAGUUUUUGACAACCAAGAAUGUCUCCAGACUUUGCCAAAUGACCCAUGGGUUAAUGGAAUCGCCCUCUUUAACCACAUUUGAUAGACCCUUUCUAUCAUUAUCACUUCCUAUUUGAACUCCUGUAUCCUUUCUAAUGGUUUUUCUUCAUCUACUCUGAUUGCCCUAGAGCCCAAUCUGCAUACUGUUAGCAGAGGAAUUUUUUCAAAUGUGAAUUUUUCAUAAACUGAAAUCAGCCUGAAUGUCCUUCAGUGGCUUAAUGGAUAAACAGAUGGUGGCACAUCUAUAAAUUGAAAUGCUAUUCAGCAAUAAAAAAUCAACUACAGCCAUGCAUGGCUUUGUGUUGGGGCCUUGUAGACUGUUUUGUUGUUGUGUAUUCAUCAUAGGGUAUAAUUACACAAGCUUAGAUUGUAUAACCAUUAUAAACCUGGGCUGUAUGGCAUUGCCUGUUGGAGCCACUGUGGUAUGUGUAGUUCAUUGUUAACUGAAAUGUUGUUAGGCUACACAUGCAGUAUUGAUAUAACCAACAGUUUGGAUGGAUCUCAAGGACAUUUUGCUGAGUGAAAAAAGCCAGUCUCAAAAGGUUAUAUGUUGUAUGAUUCUAUUUGUGUAACAGUUAUGAAAUGAGAAGAUGAUAGAGAACAGUUGGUUUCUGGGAAGAGAUAACAUGAAAAAGUUACUUUGGGGUGAUUGAUUUGUUCUGUAUCCUCAUUAUGCUGGUUGCUACAUAAGGCUGUGCAUUUGAUGAAACUACACAUGUGAAUGUAAAAACAGGUAAAAUCCAAAACAGGUUGCAGUUUAGUUGCUGGUAUUGUACCACUGUUAAUUAUUACUGGGAGCGCGUGGGGGUAGGGUAAUCAUGCAGAACUCUUCUGUUUCUGCACCUUGUGAAUGUAAAAUUUCUUCUCGAAGUGCCAACAAAAGACUAAUACCUUAUCCCCUGGUUGAAUGCACUACAAUGACUUCAUAUUCCUUAAAAAAAAAAAAAAAGUUCCUUAACCUGACUGGUAAGGCUCAGCACAGGCUUUCUCCAGCCUCUCUCCCCAGUCUUCAGUCUCACCUUCCUUGCCCUCCUGGGUUUUCUUGAAUUUCUCUCAUUCCCUCCACUUUAUAGAGCUUUUAUCCUGAAAUUUUACUUCUUUAUCUCCUUUCCCCUGCUUAAUUCAGCUCUGCUCAUCCUUGAGAUCUUAGCGAAUAUGUGACUUUCUUGGAUAACUUCUUCUUGAGUUCCAAGUUAAAAUCCUAUUCCUAUGAAAAAGAAGUGUUCUGACACGUGCAGCUCCUAAUUCAGGCUGUAAUUCUUUAUACAGUGGGUGUUACUCCUUGGUUGUCUCCAUGCUUUACUGUAAGUAGAGUGUUUUUGUUUACAUUGUAUUUCCUGAGCACCAGGAUAGUGUUCGGCAAACAGUGUACACCUUCAAUAAAUUUUUGUUAGAAGAUUGUGAAAACAUCAAAAAAAAAAAACCCCAAACCUGGCAUAUUUAGAAGUUUUGAGUAUAUACUUGAAAAUUUGAAAUUGUUAAGGAAGUGUUCCCUUGUCUUAUAAUCCAUUAUUACCUGUUAGGACCCUGUUGUUGAGUAGCAUUUUUGUUUAACUUUCCUAAAGCCAGAAAUACUUAUUUGGCCAUUACUAGGUAUGUUUUAACAUAUAAACUAGGAGAACUGAGAAUUGAGCACACUUACAUUUUUCCUUUAAUACUAAUAGGAGUAGCCUACUGCUUUAUGGGGAAAGAGAAAGUACUUCAAAAAUAGUUUAAAUAAUUUAUUUUUAUUUUACAUUAAUAAUGACUGAAAUGCAGAUAUACACUUGACAUGCAUUUAUGUCAUCGAAAUUAAAUUAGUAAUUUACCUUUGAAAUAUAUUGGAUAAUUAAUUAUAUAGUUAACAUCAAAUUGUCUCCCAGUUACAAAGUAUGGGUAUUAAAAUGCCACAGAUGAUUUUCAUGUUAAACAUUGUCAUAGAGUUUUCUUAGAAAUUCUGAUAGAACCUUGUUGUGCCACCAAACAAGGCAGUGACACUAUGGAUUUGGGCAGAUGGAUAAAGGGGAGUCCGAGGCCUUAGUGGAUUUUUCAGGCUUUAACGUUCUCUCAGGAUACCAGGUCCACAGGCACACGGGGCAGCGAGGCUGGCUUGUGAGGAGGAGGCGGGCAACGGCCGGGCAGAGGGCCCCUGGGAAGCAGGCAGGCAAUUACUAUAAUUGAAGAAAAAUGAUGGAAGAGAGUGGCAUAGAGACAACACCACCUGGGACUCCUCCACUGAAUCCUGCUGCACUGGCUGCUGCUGCUGCAGCGUCUUCCACGCCGGCUCCUCUAGCUGCAACCAGUUCUUUUUCUUCUCCAAACGUAUCCUCCAUGCAGACCUUGCCACCAUAUGCAUUCUCUACACCUCAGCCAACCCCUUCUGGGGUGCCUUCAGCAUCAUUGCCUUUUGUGGCUCCUUCACCAGUUCCUUCAGUCCCCCCACUUGUUUCAUCUGUUGCACCUCCUGUGUCUGCAGCUGCUGAUGCCUUUAGUAAUCCUCCUUCAUCUUCAUCUCACUUCCCACCGUCCACCUCUGACCCAAGUACUCUUGUAUCUGCGCCCUCCGCUGGCCCUCCUACAUCAGGAUUUUCUGUUGGUUCAGCUUAUGACAUUACAAGGGGUCAUGCAGGAAGAGCUCCCCAGACACCCCUCAUGCCGUCAUUUUCUGCACCUCCAGUAACAGGUGUUGUGCCAACUCCUAUUACUCAGCAAGCCAGUUUGACAUCUCUGGCACAGGGACCUGGAACCACAUCAGCCAUCACCUUUCCAGAGGAACAAGAAGAUCCUAGAAUUGUUAAAGUUCAGGAUGAAGCAUCUGCUGGUGGACUCUGGGGUUUUAUUAAGGGUGUAGCUGGGAAUCCAAUGGUGAAAUCUGUGCUUGAUAAAACAAAACAUUCAGUAGAAAGCAUGAUUACAACGCUGGACCCUGGAAUGGCUCCAUAUAUCAAAUCUGGUGGUGAACUGGAUAUUGUAGUGACCUCAAAUAAAGAAGUGAAAGUUGCUGCUGUUCGAGAUGCCUUCCAGGAGGUCUUUGGCUUGGCUGUGGUUGUAGGGGAAGCUGGACAAUCCAAUAUUGCCCCACAACCAGUGGGAUAUGCAGCUGGAUUAAAAGGUGCCCAGGAACGGAUAGAUAGUUUGCGUCGAUCGGGAGUGAUCCAUGAAAAGCAGAUUGCUGUGUCCGUAGAAAACUUCAUUGCAGAGUUGCUGCCUGACAAAUGGUUUGACAUUGGUUGUUUGAUAGUUGAAGAUCCUGUCCAUGGUAUUCAUCUAGAAGCAUUUACACAAGCCACACCAGUGCCUUUGGAAUUUGUACAGCAGGCUCAAAGUCUAACUCCCCAGGACUACAACCUGAGGUGGUCAGGCCUUUUGGUGACGGUGGGCGAAGUCCUGGAAAAGAGUUUGGUAAACGUCAGCCGGACUGAUUGGCACCUGACUUUCACUGGCCUGUCUCGCCGGCAGAUGAUCUACAGCGCCGCCAAGGCCGUGGCCGGCAUGUACAGACAGCGCCUGCCGCCCCGGCCGCUGUGAGGAGCCGCCCGGGGCCUGCGCUCGCUGCCAGAGCGCGAACCUUCUUCCACUGGUUCGCUCAGUGACCCCAGCAGGUUUUGAUCAUUUUGCUGGAGGCUGCAGUUUUUCUUACUUAGUCCUGGUGUUAUGAUCACAUAAUUUCAUGUACCAUAGUUCUCAAGAAGAAAAUAUUUUUAUAAUACAAAUUGAUAUACCAAAUUUAUAAGGUACAAAUUCAUGUGCUAGACAUUUAAUUUAAUGAUAUGUCCUUGAUUGUUUUGUUUUUUUUUUUGUUUAAGACGACAUAGCUAAUUAAACAACAUGUUUACUGACUACCCUUUAAAAGCAUUGUUUCUUUUAAUUCAUAACUCAUCUCUUUCCUGUCAGCUUUUGAAGGUUUGUGGGGUGCACGUGACCUCAGAUCUAAAGCUGAACUGUGUGCUCAACAGUUCACCCAACACACCUCAUUCAGGCAUUUGUUAAACAUGGGCCAAAAUAAUGCAAUUCAUCAUUUUCUUUUGGUCACCACAUCUUCGCUUCAUCUGAAAGAUGCUUUUCUAAAAUAACUUGGUAUUUCACAGAUACAGAUGAUAAAAAUUGGGUAGUACAUUAUUUUUUUCAUUGCUGUUUCACAAGUAAGUGGCAUAUGAUUCAAAUAUAUUUUAAAUCAGAAGCAUUUUUUGUUAUUUUUAGGUACUCGUCAGUACUUGCUAAGUAAACCCUGGCAACAUCCAUCAUUUCUGCAUCCACUCAUAUUCUCCCAACUGUAACAGAGCAUGUUUUCAGAGGGAAUUAUUUCAUUUCUUAUAGGAUCAUAUGCCUCUUAUUUUAAUUAAGAUUACAUCUGACUUAGUUUACUGCAAACACUGCUCUUCGAACCUUGUGCUGUUCUGCCUUUACUUUUUAUGACUGUUUUCAAAGAAAAUGUUUUAUAUUUAAUCUCAUUUAUUUCAUCCAUUAUAUUUCUAUUUAGUGAAAGCUUUUGUUUCCCCUAAAUAAUAUAUUUUACCAUUUUGGAUUUAUAUAAAUCAAAAUUAAAUAGGUUUUCUUAUAUCAUUGAACUCUGUAUCUGCAAGUUCUACUAUCUUUUUAAAUAGCUUCUUGUGUACAUGUAAUUUAAUUUUUAUUUACUCUUCUAUAUAAUUCCUUAGAUGUAGAGCACUUAGCACAAUCUCUGGCAGUUUUAUAAAAUGUGUCGAAGCUCUUCACUGUCAUUAUAUGCAAUGUGUACUUUUAUCAUUAUUUAAAAUACUUUUUCAAUUUCUGUUAUACUCAACCUUGCGUACCAAUGUAUUAUUUCACAACUACAGUGUAUGUUAAUUUCUGAGUAUUAUAUGAUUUUUCGGUAGGAAUCAGAUUUCUAUGUCAUUAAAUAUAACGAGAAGAGAAAGAUGUAGCCAGCUAUGGCAGUAAGCCCAGAAGACUCCCAUUUACAAGCGUUCCAGAACACUACAGAAAGCCUUUCUCUACCGUUUACUUCUGUUCCUGACUUACAAGACUUCCCUUUCCUAAUGGCCUGUUACCAUGGCAUUGGCCUAGUGGGAGAUCACAACAGGGUCUGAGAGAAGUUACCUGUACUUCCUAUUCCUACUACUUCUCCUGCUAUAGGGAAUUUUUACAGAUCCUAAAAAUAGUAGAGGUUCAGUUUCCAUUUUGUUACCAAGUCUCAAGUGUCUUGUUUUUGAGGAUGGUUUUCAUUCACCCACAAACAUGGACAUCCCGUUAGAUGGCAGUUUUCCAGGCUUCCCUGAAGAGCCGUGACGGUUCUUCUCUGGCCUGCUUGAGGCCAGGUCAUUUUCCUGCACCCAGUCAUCGGGGGAAGCCUUCUGCGCUCUGCGGCAGCGUGAGUGGACGGGGAUGAGGGAAGACAGAUGGGAAGGAUAAACACACGCUCCGGCUCUGGCCUCUCGCAUUGUUUUCUUGGCCCAGAGUUAUCUUUGAAAGGCAUCAGAGCAUAACUGACUCCACAUGCUCAGCUCACUCAACCUCGUUUAUUUUUCAUCCUUAGAUUUUCCUGCUGUCCACAGGGCGAGAAAGGAACAUCUCAAGCUCCCAAAACAGCUCUAGCCCAGCCAUUUUUCUGUGCUGUUUUGGUACAAGAUUCGCAAGUCUAGGGCCACGUUCCCUUUACUAGUCUUCCAGUGACCUCUUGUUCUUUCUCUGCUCAUUUCCUUAAAGCCCACGUGAACAUUUUUAAGGGUGAGUCACACUGUGGGGCUGUUAGCUUUUUUGUUCUUUACGCAUCUUAAGAGAAUCUUACAAUCUGUAACACUGCUCUUCACCUCUUAUUUUGGUCAUAUUUUCUGAAGUACUUUAGGAAGUAUGUGUUGAAUUUCGUAAGUUAAGACACUUUUGCUUUAAUUAAGUAGUGAAAGAACAGGAAAAAUUCAGGAAAAGUAAUCUCACAGGUUCUGUGGACAGAAGGUCCUCAGAUUUAUGGAGUCAGAAAGCUUCAGGCAACGCCUGAAGCUUUAUCACUUCCACAUUCUUUAUUCUUCUUUUUCUCAAACAUUAAUGAGUUAGAAAAUUGGGAUGAAUUGAAUACAGACCAAAUAUGACAGUAUGGCUGACUAGAUAAGAGUACUGAUGAAAGUUUAUUACAUACAGCUAUUCAAAACUAUGCAAGUGAGUAAUAUACUCAGGGUCAACUAAUUGACUAUACUGAAUUUGUUCCUUGACUAGAAAAAAUUCUAAACAUGAAUUUGUGUUCUGUGAAGCCAAAUUUAUAGUAGUCUAUGUUUUAAAAGAUGUUAAAUUACGCAUAAAUUAGUAAGACACUUGGACUUUUACUCCCAAAAUUCAUUUUUAAGAUACUAUGCAGGAUGAUGUAUUGGAUAAAAACAGUUUUGUAAGUAUGUAAAUAUGUCAUGAAUAAAUAAUACCUCAACAUUUUCCAAAGAUGUAAUUUUUUUAAGUAU